CAGCUCCCUCUCUCGCUCGGUCUGUGACGCUCGGCUGGCUUAGAGAGGACGUGCUAUGUAUGUAUUACCCCAUCAUAGCUCACCCGGCGUCUACCUGAUCGUUUGUCUUCCUACACCCAUCAAACAUUGCUUCUCCUCCCUCCUCUCACUCACACUCUCACUGCUGCAAUUGUUCGACACAUACGCAGUGCUAAUGCGCUCCCAUACCACCAACGACUAUUAAUGAUACCCACAGUAUAGAUUAACACCUAAUAUCGCCCUGGUCAGCAUACAACCCUUUCGGCCUCAACCCCGACGCACAUCGCGCCGUUUCCAUCUCAAUCAUGGUCGGAGGUCACCAACACAGCGGUUCAACCGCCAGCGACGCCCCGCCAUGCCCCGACCCUUCGGUCCACGAGAAGAGCCACAAAAUAUCUGAGGCGGCCUCAGCGGCAGCGCUGCUUGCCACGAACCCCGAUCACAAGCACAACAGUCCGCUUGACGCCGACGGCAAGCUCUCUGCUGCGAGCGCCGCGACAUCACUGAAAUAUGCAAAACCGCAAGAUCUACCCAGCUUUCCCAGCCUGGGCGGCACCACCGCAGACUCGGCGGGCAAGGCAGCGAUGCUGGCCAAAGACUACAAAAUGAAAGAGCUGUGGCAGCCAGAGUUGAGCACCGCUGGCUCAAAGGCUGCUCUACUCGCACACGGAAAGGGUAGCAACUUGGAUUUCUGGCAGCCAACCGCGAGCGCCGAGGGUAGCUCCGCGGCGACUCUCGCCUUUCGCAACCAGAACUCGAGCCCGCAGGCCCCUCAGGCCGGAAGCAGCACUCCUGACUACAAAUCGAAUGCGCUACUUGCUGCGACCGCAUCGCACAACCGAAAUCGCCAGCGAGCAGAGUCGACACCUGCCGAGCCGUACCCGUCAUACCCCGACUCACACAACUCGUCGGCCAAUGCGCUGAGCGCAGCUACCGCAUCGCAUCGCACCUCCACCUUGAAGGGAGCUUCAGAUGGAUGGGACUCAGACGCGAUGCAGGCUGCACGCGUGCACAAUCUACACAUGGACCCAAGCAUGUUCGGUGAGCACCCGCCAGUUCAGCCCGAAGUCGACGAGGCCACCCACAAUGCCGCUCUGCACGCAUCGGCAGUCACGUUGGCGAAGCAAAUGUACGGCCUUCAAAACCGUGCUGCACAGCAGGCCGCCGAAAACGCGAGUCAGAACCAGUCCACAGCCGACGCCAAUUCUGUGUCACCGGACAUCAAGCAACAGGCGCUUCAAUACAUCAGUCUCCAGGACACUGCUCACAGGCUUGCAGCAGAACGUUUGGCCAAGGUUGACAAGAGCCUCGAGAAUGACCGCUACCGACAGUACUAUGGUUAUGGCAACGAAGACAAGUCAAAGCGCUUGUCCUCCCGCCUAUCUGUCCGCAACGCUCUCGGCCGCGGCCGCGCAUCCAGCGAAGGUGAUCACUACGACGAUUCCGAUGACGAGCUACAGGCCAACAAGAUCCGCUCGCAGAUGUCUCAGCUCAACUCUGGCAUCAACCAAAUCGAUGCGAAGAAGCAGCAGGAUGACCGCGCCAAGCUCAUGGCUGCUGCUGAGAAGCGCGUAAGCGCCCAGAUGCACGCUCUGGACGAGCGGGUAUUCCUUCAGACUGGCAAGGUCCCGCCUGCCAUGCUCGAGGAGUGGGAGGAAAAGUCCCGCAAGCGUGCUGCUGAGGAACGCGAGGAGAAAGCCCGCCACCCGGGCAAGACACACAUCGGUGGUGGCAAGUACAUGGAUCAAGCAGAGAUCGAAGCCAUCGCCCUUGCGCGCCUGAAGCCCACUCUCGACGAGCUCAACGACACCGCUGAGAAGCGACGCGCCAGGGAUGAGGAGCUUCGUCUCGAGAAGGAGAGACAAGACGAUGCCCGACUUGCAGAGAAGGAGAAGACCAGAUUGCAAAAGGAGGAGUUCAAGAGAAUUCAAAACGAAGACAAGGCUGUCGCAAAGCGCGAGAAAGAGGAGGCCAAGGCGCGCAAAGAAGAAGAGAAACGCCUGGCUAAGGAAGAGAAGCGCAAGAGCCAAUAUGAUGCCAAGGAUGCCGCCGCCGCUGGUGCAGCCGGUGCCACCCUCGCUGAGGUCGCCGACAAGGUCAAGGACGAUGACGACGUCGAGGACGAGGUCGAUGAGACCAAUAAGAAGCGCCGUUCUUUUUUAGGGGGAUUCAGCGGCUUCCGAUCUUUGAGAGGUCGCGAGGACAAGAACAAGGAGAAGGAGGAGAAGCACAAGAGCCGCAGCGAAGCUAAGGAGGCCGCUGUCGCCGGUGCUACCCUCAGCGAGGUCGCUGAAAAGGUCAAGCACGACCAAGAAGAGCCUACUCCUACUCCUGCUGCAGUCGAAGCGGAAGAGGAGCGCAAGCACCACUCCCUAUUGGCCAAGCUGAAAGGCGGCGACAAGGAAGCCAAGCACGCCCAGGAUGAGGAGAAGCCUUCAAAGGUAGACAAGAAGGAGGCUGCCGCUGCGGUGGCCGCCGGCGCUGUCCUCGCCGAGGUCGCCGAUAAGGUCAAGCAUGACCAAGAAGAGCCCGUCUCCCCAAUCGAGACCGAGGAAGAACAGCGAGAGCGCAAAUCCUUGUUGGCCAAGCUGAAGCGCAACAAGGAUGACAAGGAGGCUGCAAAAGCCGAGCCCGUCGUCGUCGUUCCCCGCACUGAGGAGGAAGAGCGUGAGCACAAGUCCCUCCUGGCCAAACUGAAGGAGAAGAAGGAAGAGCACGACGCUGCCAAGGCGGAGAAGGCUGAGAUCAAGCAAGCCGAGAAGGCCGAAAAGAUCGACGCCAAGGAGGCCGCGGUCGCAGUCGCUGCGGGUGCCACACUCGGAGAGGUUGCGGAGAAGGUCAAACACGAUCAAGAAGAGUCUACCACCGAGAACGAGGGCGUCAACAAGCACCGAUCUGCUUUGGCUGCACUGAAGGAGAAGCUCUCGAAGGACAAGGACGCUAAAGACCCCGAAGUGGAAUCAUCAGCUAAGGAGCCGAAGGCCGAAAGCCACGCAGGCGCUGCCACUGCUGCCGGCGUUGUAGGAGGCGCCGCCACCGGAGCAGUCCUCGCUGAUGUUGCCCAUGACUCCAAGGCCUUGGAUGCGCAACAAGCUGAGCAUGCCAAUGCUGCCACGACCGAGAACGACGCAUCUGCUCCCGCGGCAGCGCAAGGCAUGGAAUUCCUGCCUGUUGUCCCAGUCGAGCAAGGCCCAGCGCCCACUGCUGCCGCCACAUCCGAGGGUGUCAAGGACAGCAACUUCCUCGCCGUGGCUCCCGUGGACCCUACUGUCCCAGAAACUCACUCCGAGUCUGCCGCUGCAACUUCUGCGCCAACCAUCGUCGAGCCUGAGACCUCCAAACCGGUAAAGGACGAUGAGCUUCCCGUCGCGAGGUCGGAUGCUAUUCCUUUCGAGCAACAAGGCGCGCUUUCAAGAUUCUCCAACGAUGCCGUGCCCACGUUGGCCACUACUCGUCCUGACCUCGAGAGACACAUCUCGCAGAUUCCUGAAAAUGACGAUGACGAAGACGACGAGGACGACGACAUCAUUGCUGCGGUCGCAAAGUCGACUCAGCCGCAACCGGAGACAGUUGAGGAGCCUCAGACCAGGGCGGGCAAGAUCGGAGCCGCCAUUGCAAAGGGUGUCGCACCGAUGGCAUCCAGCUUCGGCCCUACUGUCCCCUACCACGAGUCCGCUACAGACGAGAAAGAUGACGAGACGGCAGCCGCACAGGCGAAGACCGUGACCGACAAAGUCGGCAGCGUCUUUGCUGGCAACACAGCUCUUGCCUCGUCCUUUGCUCCCGUUGCAGCUGUGAAGCCGUCGCAGGCAUCGGCGACAAGCGCCCAAGAAAGUGCACCAGACCCGCUUGAAGAGCAACGCUUCAAGCCCGAGCAGCAGCAAGCCGGCCCGACCGUCGUUGGUAGCGGCGGUAGCAUCGCCAAGGGUGAGUCUUCACGUCCUGGUACUUCGGAGACCGUCACACCUGCCAACACGGCUGAGGGCGAGAAGAAGGGUCUCAAGGGCUUCUUCAACAAGCUCAAGCCGAAGUCGGGCAAGGAGAACUCUGAGAAACUACCCGAGUUCAAGUCUGUCGCUCAGCAGGACAAGGAGGCGGCGACUGUCGCAGCACUAGCCAGGCCCUCGACAGAGCAGAAAUCUUCUGCACCUGUGGCAGGUCCCGCGCCCACCGUCGCCGCGAUCGAGGCUACCUCCGAGGCUGGCAUCGUUCCCGGAACUCUCACUACCUGGCAAAAGCCCACUCCUCUCCCAGUGAAUCCUGGUACAGAGACCGAGAUCCCCGCCACUACUCCUUCCACCGCCACAGCCAACCCCACGACCGCCACCCUUGCCAACACCGCUCCCGCCGCCCCAGCUACUACCGCUCACGACGACGACGAGGACGACGAUGACGAGAACAAGCCCGGCCGCGCCAGCCGUCUCGCCGCCGCCCUCGGCCUCAAGCCCAAGAAGGACCAGAAUAAGCUCCACAAGCGUUCCCUCGACGAGCACCCUGCUCGCGGCGCCAGCGUCGCCGGCACCGAGACCGAGGACGACGAAGACAACUUUUACGACGCCGACCAGGGCGUCACCCCGGUCGCACAGAACCCCCCUGCUUCCAUCCUCUCGGGUACCAGCACCGAUCGCAAGGAGACGAAAUUCACCGAGAACCUUUAGGAAAGACCAUCUCGUGCGGAAUGAUCUUUGCGCUGUGAAGUUGGACGUGAACGAAGACGAAAAAGAACGAAACCACUAUUUCUAUACGAAGCGAGAAGGAAAUGGAAAGAAAGAAAAAAUAUGAUGCUGGGAAGAAGUGGGG